AUGAAAGUGUCGUACAGUCAUCACAGAUCAGCUCGUCGUAUCGAGGAGGCAAAAAGGAAGGCUCGGCCAGAAUUAAUCAACUUUGGUUGGGAUACCCUAUGUUUAGCCGAUAAAUUUUCCAUCCCUGAUUUCAAGGACAACAUUGCUAGGUACUUCCUACAUCAACCAAAAAUUAUUCUUGCCGACAAUGGCGUAAUACUUAUGAAGUUAAUGUUUAGAAUUGAUGGCUCCAAACUAUCACUAGAGGAGUUUCGUGAGAAGUAUGAACGUCCUCGAGUCCCUUGUAUUAUUACUGGUCUCACAAAUGAUUGGGAAGCGCAUAAAAAAUGGAAUGUUUCGCGAAUUUCGAGGAAAUACCGCAAUCAACGUUUUAAGUGCGGUGAGGACGAUGACGGUUAUUCAGUGAAGUUGAAGAUGAAAUAUUACGCAGAUUAUAUGGCAAAUACAAAAGAUGAUAGUCCUCUUUACAUAUUUGACAGUGGUUUUGGGGAUCGACACAAGACGAAUAAGCUGCUUGCGGAUUUUGAAAUACCUCUUUUCUUCAAGGAUGAUCUCUUUGGGUAUGCAAACUACAAAAAACGUCCACCACACAGGUAUAUUUUGAACUUCAUAAGGUAG